AUGUCGAAAAGUAGCCCAAAAACAGAAUUCAGAAUCAUCACAGUUUCAUUGAAUCCCUCAUUCGAGACGAGUAAGAACGCUAAAUUCAAGACAAAUGCUGAGGCAGUUAAUACCUUCAGCUGUUCCGAUAAUGUGGAAUUGUACAACCGAUAUGCUUAUAAAUGGAAAAUAAUUGAUCGAAAAUUUUGCACUCAAAAUUAUCCUGAUUUACUCCUUCUUAUCGUCGCGAUUACGGCAAUUGAACAACGAGAACAUCGAAAUGUGAUUCGGAAAACGUGGGGUGAUGUCAAAUUAUACAAAGAUUUCAAAACAGCAGUAUUAUUCCCACUCGGCAGUACUGAUGACCUUGAUAUGAUGAAUUUGAUUCAGAAAGAGCAGCGAAAAUAUGGCGAUAUUAUACAGCAAGAAUUUUUGGACACUUACAAGAAUCUUACUCUCAAGCCUGUAUCGUACAAGGAAUAUCCCAAGAAAUAUUAUCCGCAAUACUGCAGCGGAUCUUUUUACUUGCUUACAGGAGAUCUUGCCGGGCCACUGUUCGAGCAGGCUCGCUUCUGCACAUUAUUCUGGAUAGAAGAUGUUCACGUCACAGGACAUCUCGGAAUGCGAGUGCAAGCACACUACGAGAGAUGGAAUCAAAAAAUCCUUUUUAAAUGGAAUCAAUUAGAUCAACUCAUCAAAGCACCAAACAUCCUCUUUGCAUUCAUCUAUACUCCAUGGGAGCAUAUUCAGUUAUGGAAAUGGCUGAAAAAUUAUUAUGGAUACGAUAAUAAAUAUGAAAAAAUCAACAUUUGA